AUGGGGAACUGGUUUGUGAAUGAGGGACUCUCCAUCUUUGUCAUUCUGGUAUGGCUAGGAAUAAAUGUCUACCUCUUUGUCCAGUUCUACCUGAUAUAUGAUGUUCCAGAUAAGUUCUUUUACACUCGAAAACUUCUUGGGUCUGCACUGGCAUUGGCCAGGGCCCCUGCAGCCUGCCUGAAUUUCAACUGCCUGUUGAUUCUGCUGCCGGUCUGUCGAAAUCUGCUCUCCUUCCUCAGGGGCUCCAGUGCGUGCUGCUCAACAAGAAUUCGAAGACAAUUAGACAGGAACCUCACCUUUCAUAAAAUGGUGGCCUGGAUGAUUGCACUUCACACUGCUAUUCACACCAUUGCCCACCUGUUUAAUGUGGAGUGGUGUGUGAAUGCCCGUGUCAACAAUUCUGAUCCUUAUUCAAUAGCACUCUCUGACAUUGGAGAUAAAAGUAAUGAAACUUAUCUCAAUUUUGCUCGAGCGAGAAUCAAGAACCCUGAAGGAGGUCUGUACGUGGCUGUGACUCGGUUAGCAGGCAUCACUGGAAUUGUCAUCACACUUUGCCUGAUAUUAAUAAUCACCUCCUCUACCAAAACCAUCCGAAGAUCUUACUUUGAAGUGUUUUGGUACACACACCAUCUCUUUGUGAUCUUCUUCAUUGGUCUCGCCAUUCAUGGAGCUGAACGAAUUGUUCGUGGACAAACUGAGGACAGUUUGAAGAAACAUAAUCCCCAAAAUUGUUUUCAAAAUAUCUCAGACUGGGGGAAAAUUAAGGACUGCCCUGUUCCCCAAUUCUCUGGGAACCCUCCUAUGACUUGGAAGUGGAUAGUGGGUCCCAUGUUCCUCUAUCUCUGUGAGAGGUUGGUCCGGUUUUGGAGAUCUCAACAGAAGGUUGUCAUCACCAAGGUGGUCACUCACCCUUUCAAAACCAUCGAGCUGCAGAUGAAGAAGAAGGGAUUCAAGAUGGAGGUGGGGCAAUACAUUUUUGUCAAGUGUCCCAAGGUAUCCAGGCUGGAGUGGCAUCCCUUUACACUGACAUCUGCUCCUGAGGAAGACUUCUUUAGCAUACAUAUCCGCAUCGUUGGGGACUGGACAGAGGGGCUGUUCAAGGCUUGUGGGUGUGAUAAGCAGGAAUUCCAAGAUGCCUGGAAACUACCUAAGAUAGCGGUCGAUGGACCUUUUGGCACAGCCAGUGAAGAUGUGUUCAGCUACGAGGUGGUGAUGUUAGUGGGAGCAGGGAUUGGGGUCACACCCUUCGCAUCUGUUCUCAAGUCAGUCUGGUACAAAUAUUGUGAUAACGCCACCAAUCUGAAGCUCAAAAAGAUCUACUUCUACUGGCUGUGUCGGGACACACAUGCCUUUGAGUGGUUUGCAGACCUGCUGCAGCUACUGGAGACUCAGAUGCAGGAAAGGAACAAUGCAGGCUUCCUCAGCUACAACAUCUACCUUACUGGCUGGGAUGAAUCUCAGGCCAACCACUUUGCCGUGCACCAUGACGAGGAGAAAGAUGUGAUCACUGGCCUGAAACAAAAGACUUUGUAUGGCCGUCCCAACUGGGAUAAUGAGUUCAAGACAAUUGCGAAUCAGCACCCAAAUACCAGAAUAGGAGUGUUCCUCUGUGGACCUGAAGCCUUGGCUGAAACCCUCAGUAAACAGAGCAUCUCCAACUCUGAGUCUGGCCCUCGAGGAGUGCAUUUCAUUUUCAACAAGGAAAACUUCUAA